GCCUCUCCAUUGUGUUGGUGGCGCCGGCAGCGCGCCUCGGGGCCGCGCACAGUGCUCGCCGAUUGUGUCGAUGAGGCGGGAGGGAGCGCUGACUGUCUUCGGGGAUACAUUGUGACUGUUUCCAGUCUUACAUUGUAUCCAGCUUCAGGGGGGCAAUUGCAACAGGCUGCCGGGCAACUCCAACCCGAAAAAUGGAUCGGGAGCUCCAGAUGAUCAGCAUAACAAGUGAAACUGCAAUCGGUAAAGAGCUGGUCGUCGGCUUAUAAAAACUGCUGUAGAUGAACGACCUUUGUGUCUAGCAUUAAACCUGAUAAUCAAAGGAAUUAUGGCAGCCCAGAGAAUUCGUUCCACCAACACAAGUGGACUCCCUCGGUGUAAAUCUGAAGGAACAUUAAUCGACUUGAAUGAUGGAUUUUCCGAUCUUGGUAUGAACGAUGUCAAAGGGCCCUCUCCUAGUGCCUUGCGGUUGGAUUCAUCUACAUCUUUUGGAGAUGCACGUGAAGUUGUGGCGAUCAAGGAUUACUGCCCCACUAAUUUUACCACACUUAAAUUUAACAAGGGGGAUGUUCUGUAUGUUUUGGACACCUCUGGAUCUGAAUGGUGGUAUGCCCACAACAAUACUGAAAUGGGUUACAUCCCUGCUUCAUACGUUCAACCUGUUGUCAGGAGCUCUUCCCUUCGAGACAGUGGAAUGGUGGACAACAUUGGGGACAGUUCGGACGAGGGUGCCAAAGAGAUCGACUUAUUUGGAGAGUGGGGAGACGUCUUUGACAAAAUAACUUCAAAGCCCCAACAUAACAAUCCAUUUUUGAAUGGCUUGACAUCCUCCAAUCCAUUUCUGGACAGAAACAGACAGAGCGUUAGCUCCAACAAUCAACAGACAGCUAAAUCGGAAGUGGAUUUACUUUUGUUUGACUCUGAUACCCCACCUUUUACCAGUUCCAAACCAUUAACAGCUAACAACUCAAGUCAUGAUGUUUUUGAGGAAGACCUAUUAACCAGCUCCAAGGCUGAGUUUGAUCCGCUUCUCAAUAGGAACAAUCCCUUCUUCAGAAGCAAGCGAUCAUACAGUAUGUCUGAACUUUCAGUGUUGCAAGCCAAGUCUGAAGGAGCUUCCUCUUCUGGGUUCUUCACUGGCAUGCAGUCUCCAGAUCCUGAACAGUUCAAGAGCAGGGAGGACUUUCGAGCAGCUUGGCUUAACCACAGGAAAAUGGCACGCUCCUGCCAUGAUUUAAAUUCUCUUGGACAAAACCCUGGAUGGGGUCAGACACAACCUGUGGAGACUAAUAUUGCGUGUAAGCUGGAUAGCAGCGGUGGGGCAGUUCAACUACCAGACACCAAUAUCACUAUCCAUGUACCAGAGGGACACGUCCUUCCUGGAGAAAGCCAGCAGAUCUCAAUGAAAGCCUUGUUGGACCCUCCUGUGGAAUUGAACAAUGACAAAUGCACAACCAUUAGCCCCGUGGUGGAGAUUAAGUUAAGCAACAUGGAAGUGAAGACGUUCCUCACCUUAGAAAUGAAAAUUUCUGCUGAGUUAAAAGAAGAUACGGCAAUCAGAAAAGAUGCAGUAAUAACCUGUCUUUUCAGCGACAGCAAAGACGGGCCAUUCUCGCCCAUGCCUCAGGUUUAUCACUAUGGCGAUACGGUGCAGGUGCAGCUGGACAAUCUAGAGCCUUGCAUGUAUGCUGUUGUGGUAUCUCAGGCCAAAACGCUGCAGUACCCUGACACAGUGUGGGAUUGCAUUAACAAAAACAUCACAGUCGGUGUUUAUGGCCCUAAGCACAUCCACCCUUCCUUCAAGGCGGUGGUGGCUGUGUUUGGCCAUAACAGUGCACCCAAGUCAUUGCUGGUUAAUGAAGUAGGCCGAGAGGUUUUAAGUGCACCCCCAGUGGCUCUACAGCUGUGGGGCAAGCACCAGUUUGUGCUAGCCAAGCCGCAGGACCUGAAGCUCAGCAUCCAUCCCAAUAUUUCCAACUACGAGAUCAAAGCUGCCGACCAGGUUAAAGUCGUCCGUGGAUUUCAGGUGAGGCUUGGGAAGGUCAGCCGCCUCAUCUUCCCCAUCCAUUCGCGGCUCCCAGAAGAGCUCUCGGACUUCACGCUGAGGAUCCAGGUGAAGAGCGACCAGGAGGUGAUGAUCACACAGUUCUGCGUGAGGACGCCGCAGCCACCUCCGAAGUCCGGGACCCGGAACAGCGGACAGAGGAGGUUUCUGAAGAAGAAAGAAGUCGGCAAGAUUGUUCUGUCGCCCUUGGCUGUCACAAGUAAAUAUCCCGCCUUUCAGGACCGCCGUGUAAACAACCUUAAGUAUGGCAAACUGCUGAAAACUGUAGUAAGGCAGAACAAAAACUAUUAUCUCUUGGAGUACAAAAAGGGAGAUGUAAUUGCGUUGCUGAGUGAAGAGAAGAUUAGGUUUAAAGGGCAGCUGCGAACAAAGGAAUGGUACACUGGGUACUACCAAGGCAAGAUAGGCCUGGUGCAUGCCAAGAACGUGCUAGUGGUUGGCAAAAUUAAACCAAGCUUCUUCGCUGGGCCUGACCUCACCACCUCUACACUCUUGGACCAGAUUCUGCGUCCCAGCAAGUUCCUGACCUACAUUUAUGCCUCUGUGAGGAUGACACUGAUGGAAAACAUCAGCAGCUGGAGAGCAUUCGCAGACGCCUUGGGUUACAAAAACGUGCCACUUGUCCACUUCUGCAGGACAGAGAUAGACAGCGAGCCAGAGCGCGUGGCGUCUGUCCUGGAAAAGCUCAAGGAGGACUGCAAUGACACUGAGAACAAGGAAAAGAAGUCCUUUCAGAAAGAGCUGAUGGCUGCCUUGUUGAAACUCGAUUGUCAGGGUCUGGUUGCCAGGCUCAUCCAGGAUUUUGUCCUCCUCACCACUGCCGUUGAAGUGGCCCCUAGAUGGAGAGAAUUAGCUGAGAAACUGGCCAAAGUUUCUCGGCAGCAGAUGGAAGCUUACGAAGCUCCGCACAGAGACAAGAAUGGAGUUGUCGAGACUGAGGCUAUGUGGAAACCAGCCUAUGACUUCUUGCUGACCUGGAGUGCACAGAUUGGAGACAGCUACAGGGAUGUGAUUCAGGAACUACACCUGGGGCUUGAUAAAAUGAAGCAUCCCAUCACCAAGCGCUGGAAACACUUGACAGGGACCCUCAUUUUGGUUCAUGCUCUGGACAUCCUCAGGGCUGCAGCCUUCAGCCCCCCUGACCAGGAUGACAUUGCUAUUUAAUCUGGAUAUUCUCGAACUUGUCUUGGGAAGAUGUGGACUAAGUCCAGCCGGAGAGAAAAAUGACUUAAACAGCUUUGCCUUGAGUGGCUCAAGCCAUUUGGACCCAGUUUCUCAAGAUUGGCAGCAGAAUGGACAGAUCCUUUUAACAUGGAGUACUGCAAGGUUUUCUGUGUUGUAAAGAGCCUUGGUUGUCAGUUUUAUCACUGUUUCAAACUAUCGCCAUCAAGGGCAAAAUUCAGCCUUGUUCCCAAGUCAUUUUAAAGUGCCACCUCAUCUUGUGACUUGGGAGUGAAUUUUAAAAGCUUGUUUUGCACACAAAAUCAAUCAAAUUCAUUUUAGGGAGGGUGGGUGUGAAUUAAUUCACCAAUGGUUAUUCAUAAACUAAUUCCUAACUAAAUUCUGUUAUUGUUUCUGAUUCAUUUGCGAUUCUGCUUCACUGUACAGAGAUGCUAUGCUUUCACUGCAUGUUUCUUCUCCCCCCUUUUAAAUAGCACUACUUUUUGGUACUAUUUUUAAGUGUCAAAGAAUUGUUCCUUAGCCCAUAUUUUAAAGAAUUGACUGAAUGUAGUUUUUGAGCAUUGUGUGUAUAGUCCUAACUACCUCAGGUACGUUUAAGCUUUUCCCUCGUCUGCUUUAACCCUGAAAGCUCAUGUCUUCAUCUCCCUGCCUUUGCUUUCGAAACCCUGUGCUGUGGUCAACUGCCUGCUGAUCCCAACUUUUUGCCGAGUUAUUCUGCCUUGUAAGGCUGUCAGUUAAAAACCUGCAGAGGGAAAUUGGACAUGUCGAGACACGCUUGCACUGUGCAUUGGGGAGCUAGUCACAGCUACUGUGUGCUGAAUCGCUGACAAGCCACUAACAAGUCCCAUUCAGGUUAUUCAACAGAUGCCAUUUAGCUACAGCAGUGUUUUCCUCCAGUUUUUAAGUAGCAUAGCUUUGAAUGUUUGUUAAACAAUUGAAAAUGCUGCUGGUCAGGGAUAGGAUGGAGGAAAAGAAUUCAGUGCGUUUCAAAGCUGCAAGGGUUGUGAUAAUUCAGCACUCUAUACUGCAUUUAAAAACAGAGGUCAUAUUGCAUCUCCAGUCUCCCCUUCUCUCUCUCUCUCUCUCUCUCCCCUCAAUGUAAUGCAUUAUCCCAAUUCAUCACAUGCUUUGCCUUUUGUUAACCCUCUUGCUAACACUGAAGGUGCAUUUUAUUUGGAGUUUCUGAUUUAAACAUCACAAUUUCUUAAUGGCUUUUAAAUGAGGCAUGGGAUGGAUUAGGCAAAAGAUGAAGGCUAAUGGUUGAUGGAAUUGUUACUGCCUGCUGCUCCUUGUUGGGCUUAAUUGUGAAGAUUUUCGAAUGAGUGCGUUUUUAUGUUUUCCUCUUCACUAACUGAGAUUUUGCUAAUUAAUGUAACUUAAUCAUAUCCAGCAAACCCAGUUUUAUAUUUUUAUAUAUUUUUAAUCAAAACGUUCAGACAUGUUAUGACAUACCGCUAAAGCAGGUGGGUCUUGAAGCCAAACGUUCUGGUCAAAGCUACCCAGUUAUAGUCUGGACUAAUUAGCCUCUGUGAGGCUGCCAAUAAUACACAGUCAACACUUAGUUCUCCUCUAUGGGGAAGUUGAAACAGCAGAAUUUAGAAAACAAAUUCUAACACUCUUUGGCCAAAAAUGUUAAUGCUUUCAGAGCACACAACUUUCACUGAGAAUAAUGGGUUUAUUGGGCAGAGUAAUCACUCAUUUUCCAAACGUUAAUUAUCAAGCACACGUAAUGGCCUGGAACUGUUUUAUUUUUCAAUUGCAGUUUUCUUUUCGUUGUUCUGCUCUGAGAAAGAGUACAUGUCUUAAUUUUGCUCCCUCCCCCGUCUCUUUCCAUACCUGGAAAAACGUUGACAGGAAUGUGAAAGUUUGCUGUGAUCAGAAUUUCUUUUGGUGGUUUCCCUCUGCAUCACUAACUUGGUAGUCAUGUAGGUCACGUGGGCUGCUCGUGGAUUCCAUAUUAUUCUCCCCACAUGUAAUGUUGUGGACCGUACAGCGAGCACCUCAGAAUGCAGAGUCCAAAGUCCUUUUCCCUGUUGAUUUUUGAUAAUGCAAACUGAAUCUGGAAGUCUGCCCAACUACCUCCCAAAUUUAGACAUGGAAAACCUUUUUUUUCUUGUCUGUGGUUAGCCCACGGUUUCCUUUGAUGGCUGAUAGCAUGGUACUGCCUCCAGGGAGCUCUGGAGGAAAGACAACUCCCUAAAUUAAAUUGUAAUAAGUUUGUCCAGAUUUACUUGCUAUUGGGUGUGGAUUUACCCAACUGAUGCCUAGAAACUAUAUAAUGAAUUUUGUUAUCUUCAUUGGAAAAGCAAUUAAUAUUCUGAGGUCAGACUCCUAAAUUAGUUAUAAAUAUUAUACUGAUUAUGUGACAUUUAUUUUGGUGAGAACUGAUCUACAUGAUUCCAGAAAUUAAUAUGAAACUGGUGAUGAAUGCUCAGACAUUUUCCUUUUGAGCUAUAAUUUAAUUUAGCCUAAUAUAUAAUUCCUAACUGAGUUCAGAUGAAUGGGAGGUUUGCUCCACCCAUCUUGAGGACCCCAGCAAGAAAACCAGUUUUCUUAAUUAUCAAAAAAUGCUGAUGCCAAAUGCUUGACUGGUUAAAUUCUGUUUGAUUUGUAAAGGGAAUUUGUACAUUUAUAAAUAGUUGUUGAUAUUUAAAUAAUAUACGACUUAUUCUAGAGUUACAGUAAUAAUUUAGUGCAGGAAGAGUCAGGAUUAGGAAUUCCAGUUUGUCCCAUCCAUCUCUGGUGUUUCUGAAAUAACCCAUGCGGAGCCCCAUCCAUUGCUUAAAUCCCCUGAGCUGUUUGAGUACAUAGCAAUACUGGGUAGAACAAUAAGUCAAAGCACGACACACAUUUGCAAAAACUGUUCUGCCACCUGAGAUGUAUGUAAAACUGUUUUGAAUUCAAAGUAGUUUCCCCUCAGUCCAUUGGUCUGACUGACCAAGUAAUUUUCCAGGUUCACCUUAUCAAUGUGACAAAAUACUUCUUAUCGCUCAGAGAGGCCACUUUUAAAAUUUUUAUCUGUUCAGAGCCUUGGUUUUUUUUUUGAUGCUCACUGAGGAUUUGGAGACUCUUUGAAUAAUUGGUGAAGGUGCUGAAAUUGGAUCGCGUGGUUUGAUUCCACUAAACUGUGUCAUCAAAUUGACCUAAGUCACGGGCAAAGUUGUUCUUAUGACAGUAUUAUAUGUGUAGGUGUCUGAUCAGAAGACAUAUCCUGCUACUAGCUUAGUUAGAUGAGUUCUGAAGGUGGGCAUUUCUGUCAACCACCUUUCCUGAAUAUUUUGCGAUGUUGGAGUUGGGAGGGACCUACAUCAAGUGAGUUUAUUGCCAUGGAAAGUGAAGGCCUCCUUCAAAUGAUAGGUAGUUCUGAAAAUAACAGCACUAUUAAUUGAGGCAAUCUGAUUAAAAUCCUGUUGUAUGUGAAGUCUGUCUUUUAAUAGUUCAUGCUGAAUUUAUUUGUUUUGCCCAUACUUCAACCCAAUCUUGCACAAUUGAAGUGACCCUUCCAGAUUGGCCUCUGGAAGUGUGAGGUGUUGUUCAAUGUUGACAUUUUUAACCCUGAAAUUCAUUUACUCAACACUUUGUAAAUUAAUGUAAAUUUACCAUUUUUGUAACCUGCUUGCAGUUCUGGUCAUAUUUUGUGAUUGGGCCUGUUUUGUGUGUUUAAUGCUGUAGAUAAGAGAAAAUGAUUGAAUUACUUCAAGGGUUAUAUAUCAUCUGUGAAGAGAAUCCUAGCGUCUGGUGUACUUUGUGUAGGAUUCAGACUUUUUUUUUAAAAAAGGGACCACUUUUGACUACACCAAUUCAAACUUGAAUGUCAUAACCUCAACAUACAUUCUUCCACUGAUCUAUAUUGCUUCAUACAUACUGUCACAGUCUUUUAUAUCGAAUAACGUACUAUUUUUCAACAGGGCACAGGAUUGUAUUCAUGUAUUCACCAUUCUGGCCAAAAUGGACUUUCAUCCAAUCACACUAAGAUAGUUUCUGGGUUUGCAUUCCAAACAAAACUCUUUACCCGGAACUGAUCAACCUUUUUUUUUGGGCGUGCGCAUGUCUCUUCGCAGUUCAAUGUCACCAUGCAUCUAUAACUUCCCCCAAUUUAAAAUAUGUAGUUUGAAAAUUAUUGUACAAGCAUAGUUGUGAUUUUACCACGACACUACAGUUGGAAAGGAGGAUUGAUUUUGUAUGCUGGAGUUGUGUUGAGAACACACUAGUUCUCCAUUGUUGGUGGGUCAAAAUUGUGGAGACCCUUCCGUAAUAUUUCUGUGGUCAAGCUGCUGGCGUCAAGGUGGCUCACCAUAACCUGAUCAAGCAAUGGACAGUAAAUGCUGUCCUUUCCAGUGAUGCUCAGAUCCCAUGAGCAAAUAAAAAGAAGUUGAAAGAUAUGUGCUUCAGUUUGAGAUGGCACGCAAUUUGGAGUUAUGAUUAAUCUACAUUGGACUCUCAAUUUCUUUCCAUUUUUAACCACCCAUGUUGUAAUACCUGUUAAUUCCGUCUUAAUCGAAGCGAUGCUUCACUUCCUUUUUCCAUCCAUGUUCUUAGAUCAGCAAUAAAUAAAUCAGUAAGCUAGCCUGGACCUUCACCUCAGUGCACUUUCUACCACAUACUCUCUUGACUGAGAGUUGCUGCAUUAUUUACCACUCACUUGCUUCCUGACACACACAGCACACUCUUGUCACACUGACAGAUAUUGUAGGCUGCCGUUUGGAGAUAUGAAUAGCCUUAUUUCUGUGAUUUUGUUUUUAAAGCCACUGCUUUCCAUUUCUCUACCUAUUUAUGAAAAGUAAUUUCUAGCUUCAUUGACACUUCGGUUUUAAACAUCUUCAUUUUGCAAUAAAAAAAAUUGUAAUUCUA